AAACACGCCUUCUGCACCAUCCACUUAAUGUUUACGUGCUGAGUGAAUUGCACUGCAGCCGUUUUAUUUCUUCGUGCUGUGUUGAAAGACUUAUAAAUAAAUAAUACAUAUUUUUAUAUUUAUAUUUAGCAGAAACGCCUAGCCGUAAACAUGGGGGAAACCAGACUACCGCGUCAUAUGUUUUUAUGGAGUAUGGCAAUUAUUUACACGUUUUCUUUUGCAUCCCUAUAUGUCCAGAUACCAGGUCUCUAUGGCAAUGAGGGUGUCCUGCCUGUGCGCCUGGUUGAGCCCCGUGUGGACGGCUCCAGGCCAGUGUUGGAGCAGAUACAUGCUCACCCCUCUCUGCUGUGGCUGGGGCCCCGGCUGGGUCUGGACCUGGAUGCCCAGCAGGCCAUGGAGCUGCUCUGCCUGGCGGGGGCGCUCUUAGCCCUGGGAGCAGCUCUGCUGGAGCCCCUCCGAGACAGCCUGGUGUUCUUCUGCCUCUGGGCCCUCUACCUCUCCCUCUGUCAGGUGGGUCAAGACUUUCUGCGUUUUCAGUGGGACAGUCUGCUGUUGGAGGCGGGCUUCCUGACCGUGCUCGUCGCUCCGCUCAACCUCCUGCGGUGGCGCUCGGCGUUCCGUCAGCAUGACACCGUAACCUUCUGGCUGGCGCGCUGGCUCCUGUUCCGCCUCACUUUUUGCUCCGGGGUCGCCAAGCUGGCCAGCCACUGCCCCAGCUGGUGGGGACUCACUGCGGUGAACCACAUGUUUGAGGCCCAGGGCAUCCCCUCCCCCCUGUCCUGGUUCAUCCAGCAGUUGCCAGACUGGUACCUGAAGCUGGGGACUAUCGGGCUGUUGGUGACAGAGAUUGCUGUGCCCCUCCUCUACUUUGCCCCCAUCCGCCGCCUCAGACUGGCAGCGUUCUACACUCAGGCAGCGUACCAGGUGACGUUAAUGUUCUUGGGGAACUAUGGCUUCCUCCCCCUCCUCUCCCUGGCUCUGACUUUCUCUCUGUUGGACGACGACCAUAUCAGCUACUGGCUGGGCCACAGCAAGAGGAAGUAUGCCAAGACCUGGACCCAAACAAUAAUGUCAUUGAUGGUGUUGCUGGUUGAACUGGCUGUAUUUGCUGUCAUCAUCUAUGGAACUAAAGUGUUCUUCACACUGGCGAUUGACUGGGAGACCAAGACUAUGACCUCCAAAACCGCCUUCACCCAGCAACAGUUUGGCAAUUGGUUGAAGCUUGUGACAGGGCCCACUAUCUGGGUAGGAGUUCUCUCUCUCACCUGGGAGGUGGUGGCAGCCAUGCUGGGGUGUGUGUGUGUUAGAGGGUGCCUCUGGAAGCUCUGGGGUCUCAUCCAAUGGGCUGUCUUUGCCUCUGCUGCAGUCGCCGUGUUUGCUAUCAGUGUGGUGCCCUACUCGUCCAUGGAGCAGGUGUACAGCAGUAAGAUCCUACCGGAGGUGAGACAGGCCUACAACCUAGUGGAGCGCUACAGACUGGUCAGUGCCUACAGCCUGGACAGCAGGAUGACUGGGGUGGACGGGAGGUCAGAGGUCGUCCUAGAGGGCAGCAUGGACAAGUACACCUGGAAGGAGAUAGAGUUCAUGUACAAGCCGGGGAACGUGGGCGUGGCCCCUCCAGUGGUGGCCCCCCACCAGCCACGGUUAGACUGGCAGAUGAGCCUCGCAGCCCAGGGACUGGCCAAACAGAACCCCUGGUUUACAAGCCUAGUGCACUGCCUACUGCAGGGCAAUAAGGAUGUGGUGAGACUGAUCCAGACAGACUCAGCCCAAUACCCAUUCAGCCAGGCCCCCCCGGUCUACCUCCGAGCCAGCCUCUACCAGUACUGGUUCACCCAGACCACACAGGACGGGUCUAUUCCUAAUGAGUGGUGGAGGAGAGACUAUGCGGAGGAGUUCUAUCCUGCAGUGCAGCUGGGUGACCCUACCCUGGAGGGCAUGCUCAGUCAGCACGGACUCAAGGAGAAGUUCCCAAUCCAGCCCAGUCCUGACUCUCCUCUGGCCCAGGCUCUGAGGCAGGUGCGGGGCCACGUUCAGACUCUACCUGGCCACCUGGUGCUCUGGUCCCUCCUGGCCACCGUCGCCACCAUCUGGCUCCUCAAAACCCUUCUCUCUGGGGCCCUGGGGGGCCGAAAGGUUAAACCCACCCCAGCCGAACCCAAGGCCAAGAAGGCUAAGGACCAGCCAGCAGAGAAAAGUGCCUCGGCCUCCAGUCUCAAAGCAGAGAGGGAGAACUUUGAGGAGAGGAAACAGGAUGCUGACAGGAGCUUUAAGAAGAGGAAGUGAUGCGGGACUGCUGCCAUGGGACUUCCUGUUACGUUCUUGUUAUUGCCCCUUGUCUCGGGAUGGAGGGCGGAGAGAAGGGGUGUUACUUAAAUGUAAAUCUCAGGUGUUUCUACAGGUACUGCCAAUCCGACCAGCUCUGUGACUCAGAGACCACCACUGUGGCCUUGUAUUCAGGCAGUUCUCAUCUGGCUCUCACACACACGCAUAUACUGUACAUACACAAGCAAAAACGUCUAUUUUCUCUGUGCCUCCUUUCAUCACCAUAUUCUCAGGUCCGACUAUGGAUGAGUCUUCAGACAUGCCUACAGGUGAGUCCCUGACAUUACAGUACAGUGGUGCUUUGUUAUGAGCAAUUUUUAUGUUUUUGCUUUGCCAUCUGUUCUUCAGGGAACACUUUAUCUGAAUACUUUAUCUGAAUUCUGGGAAUGCAUUCAUACAUUUUAAAGGUUGUUGUCCAACAGUUGUUUAAUCUUGUGCUAUGUCUUUAAUAUGAUAUUCAGGGAUCCAAAGUCAUGCUGGGCUGGGUGCAGUUAUUGUGCAAUGGUGAACCCUUUCGUGGACCGCUGAGAUCAGUUUUACUGUAUCAGACAGACUUUUUAAUGUCAAGUUGUCGACAGUGGUUCUGUGUAAUGAUAUCAAUACCUGGGUCCUCUACCCCGACCAUGAGAAACUGUAUAGCGACAUCGUCAAGAAUACUGAAAGCUUUGUCCUGCUAAACCCUUUGCCCUUAGAACAGCAAGCCACAGAUUUAACUUCAAAACCUUUUGUCGCAUUAUUUUGAACAGCUUUAAUGCAUAACUGCUCCUAAGAAAUCUCUACAUUCCACAUCCACAACGUUCUAUCUCAUCAAAUGUAGUUGAUAAGGUGUGCUUCUGUCAAUGCCAGGUAUACUAACAGGUCUGCAUGGGAUGUGAUGGAGUCUGUAGCUUGGAGCUUGAAUCCCUGUUUUUACAUUUGUCUGUGGGUUCAAUCCUCAUGCUUUUUAGUGAUUGGACCCGGUUUGAUUGUUCCAAUAGAAACUGACACCUCUCAGAGACCAAUGACCAACAGGUGGUGCUCUUUGUGUUUCUGCAUUUCUUCAUGACAAAUGUACAGGGAGAAGUGUUCAGUGUGAAAGAGCCAGUGGCUCUCUGGUAAGGAUCUCACCAAUGAGGUAUGGGGUUGUAGGGUCAGCUGUGUGUGGCUGUGUUGACACUCAGUAAUGGUUGGAAGGCUGGUAGAUGUCAUGGGGGUGAAUACCUGGGGUCCCCUCCUAUGAAGAGUAGUAGCAGAUAUGGAGAAAAACUCCUGGGGGAAAAAGCGGGCACUUCGUUUUUAAAUAUAGUCUAACUUUUUUUCCUCCAUAACCACUGCUCUUUGCUGUCUGUGAAUCACAGGGGGAACCCCAAGACUUUACCCCUUCUGCUUAUGUUAUCACAACCUUUCAGCCAAUGCCUCCUUUGUGUGGCAACUACUCAGUGGUCAUGACUUACUGACCUGCAGAGUCCUCAGUGGGCAACCAUGCCCCAGAGUUCAAUCCUACAAACCUUAUAGGCCUAAUACCAGAGCCAGAAUCCUUCACACUUUGCUUCAUAAUUUGACAUUGAGAGUUGGGGUGAUAUGUAUAUUUGGCUGUGGUUAAAAAUGUUAUUGAGUGUGUUGGUUGGCUGAAUGGAAAGAUUUGCUCAAGCUUUGCUGCAAAUGUUUUAUCAACAGAAUAAACAGACUGUUGCA